AAACAGAUAACGGCAUAUAGAAAAAUGUGAAACACUAAAAAAAGGAAAUCAGAAUAAUUUACAUAUGUAGAGAGAGCAAAAUUCUACCAAGAAUAAGAGUAAGUUAAUUUGUUAUUAAGAAAAGAUGGCGAUUUAAUAAUACACUUAAUAGAAAUUUUAUUCCACUUCAUUUCCAACUAAGAUAUCCACAAAUGGUAAUUGCUUUUGAAAUAGGAGUGCAAGAAACAAUUAGAGAAAUCUAAAAUCAUAAUUAGAAGACCGUAGUGGUGUUUCUUUUACAGUCAUCUAUAAUCAAGUACAUUUUGCUUAUCUCAGUGGGUGUAGUAAAGGCUUAGGACUCUGAGCGCCGCUGUUCACCAACUCUGAGAAAAGCUCAGUAAGAGCUCGUCAGAUAUUAGGAUCUGCAACUACACAAAGCCCCGCAGAGACCACAGACCAACUCCGGGGGGCUGAAACAAAACUCAGCCUCCUAACCUGGGGCACUACGGGUUUCUCGAGAAAAUAGAUCACCAUAAUUUGCAGGAGGAAAAAAGAACCUAAGGAGUCAGCGUGCAGAGAAAGCAUUCCGAAAAAAAUCCGUAGUGAAACAACAAUGGCCGCUCCAAGGAAUCGCCCGCACCACACAGGACUGGUCCUGCUGUGCCUUUUCCUGGGGAGACUGUGGGAGAUCAGGGCCAGUCAGAUCCACUACUCAGUGCCUGAAGAGACAGAAAAAGGCUAUAUCGUGGGGAAUAUCUCUAAGGAGCUGGGGCUGGAGCCCCGGGAGCUGGCGGAGCGCGGAGUCCGCAUCGUCUCCAGAGGUAGGACGCAGCUCUUUGCUCUGAACCCGCGAAGCGGCAGCUUGGUCACCGCGGGCAGAAUAGACCGGGAGGAGCUCUGCGCUCAGAGCACGCGGUGUCUGGUGAACUUUAAAGUCCUGGUUGAAGACAGAGUGCAGCUUUAUGGAAUAGAAAUAGAAGUAACUGAUAUAAACGACAAUGCCCCAAAAUUCCAGACCGAAAAUCUGGAAGUAAAAAUUAACGAAAUCGCUGCACCUGGAACGCGUUAUCCACUCCCAGAGGCUGUUGACCGGGAUGUGGGCUUGAAUUCCCUGCAGAGCUACCAGCUCAGCCCCAGUCACCACUUCUCCCUGGACGUGCAAACUGGAGACGACGGAACUAUAAACCCAGAGCUGGUGCUGGAGCGGGUCCUGGACCGUGAGGAAGAGGCUGCUCACCACCUGGUCCUCACCGCCUCCGACAGCGGCGAUCCGCGUCGUUCCAGCACAGUGCACAUCCAGGUGACAGUGUUGGAUACAAAUGACAAUGCCCCUGUUUUUGCUCAACCGAUUUACCGAGUGAAAGUCCCAGAGGACGUGCCCCAGGGCACCCGUCUGCUUACUGUAAGAGCUAGCGACCCGGAUGAGGGAGCCAAUGGAAGAGUGGCGUAUAAAUUCUGGAAAAUUAGUGAAAAACAAUCUCCAUUAUUCGAGCUUAAUGAAAACACUGGGGAAAUAUCAACAGCAAAGAAUCUAGAUUAUGAAGAAUGUGCAUUUUAUGAAAUGGAAAUACAAGCUGAAGAUGGUGGGGGAUUGAAGGGGCGGACUAAAGUGCUCAUUUCGCUGGAAGAUGUAAAUGACAAUAGACCGGAAGUGAUCAUGACAUCUCUGUUUAGCCCAGUGAGGGAAGAUGCUCCUCCAGGAACAGUAAUCCUUCUUUUGAAUGCUCACGACAGAGACUCCGGGAAGAACGGCCAAGUUGUCUGUUCCAUCCAGGAGAGCCUACCUUUUCAAUUAGAAAAGUCGAUAGAAGAUUAUUACAGAUUGUUGACAGCUCAAAUUCUUGACCGAGAAGAAAACUCUGAAUAUAACAUCACAGUGACUGCAACUGACAGAGGAACGCCGCCCCUGUCCUCAGAAAUUCACGUCACCCUGCACGUGGUCGACAUCAACGACAAUCCACCCUCCUUCUCUCAAACCUCCUACUCAGUCUACCUCCCUGAGAACAACCUUAGAGGCACCGCCAUCUUUUCGGUGACAGCUCGUGAUCCUGAUAGCAACGAGAACGCCCGAAUUAUUUACUCCUUGGCCGAGGACACCAUCCAUGGGGCGCUUCUCUCAUCCUACGUCUCCAUCAACUCCGACACCGGCGAGUUAUACGCGCUGCGCUCCUUCGACUAUGAGCAGUUUCGAAAUCUUCAAAUGCAGGUGAGGGCAAGUGACAGAGGAGACCCUCCACUCAGCAGCAACGUGUCACUGAGCUUGUUUGUACUCGACCAGAACGACAACACGCCCGAGAUUCUGUACCCCACCCUCCCCACCGACGGUUCCACGGGCGUGGAGCUGGCGCCCCGCUCCGCAGAGCCCGGAUAUCUAGUGACGAAAGUGGUGGCGGUGGACCGAGACUCAGGCCAGAAUGCCUGGCUGUCCUACCGCCUGCUCAAGGCCAGUGAGCCAGGGCUCUUCACGGUGGGGCUGCACACGGGAGAGGUGCGCACGGCGCGGGCCCUGCUGGACAGAGAUGCACUCAAGCAGAGCCUGGUGGUGGCCGUCCAGGACCAUGGCCAGCCCCCUCUCUCAGCCACCGUCACGCUCACCAUAGCCGUGGCUGACAGCAUCCCAGACCUCUUGGCUGACCUGGGCAGCUUCGAACCCUCGGCCAACCCGGAUGAUUCAGACCUCACACUGUACCUGGUUGUGGCUGUGGCCGCGGUCUCCUGCAUCUUCCUCGCCUUUGUCAUAGUGUUGCUGGCCCUGAGGCUGCGGCGCUGGCGCACCUCAAGUCAGUUUCAGGCUGAGAGGCUCGGAUUGGCUGGCAUGCCUGCUUCUCACUUUGUGGGCGUGGACGGGGUGCGGGCUUUCCUUCAGACCUAUUCCGGGGAAAUCUCCCUCACUGAGGACUCGCGGAAGAGUCACGUGAUCUUCCCCCAUCCCAACUAUGCCGACACGCUCGUUAGCCAGGAGAGCUGUGAGAAAAAUGAGGCUUUAUGCGUUUCAGAUGAUUCCAAGUUUCCUAUAGAAGACACUCCUUUGGUUCCAGUGAGUUCAGUUUUUCCUUUGCUUUCUAUUACCAUUGGUUUUCUCUUUGAGUGUUUGCACUUAAGGUAGGAU